GUUUCUGCAUUUUCUUGUUUGUGGUUGAAAUGCAGAUGUAAUGUUUUCUCUUUUUUUUUUUUUGGCAUUGAAAGGAAGAAGAUAUACCUCAACCUCAUUGACCUCCUUAAAGUUCUACAUUAGUAUACUAAAUGGCGCCAAACCCGAAGUCUAGAGUUACAAAGGCCUUUGAGGCAAUGAAGGUUUUUGGCUAUAGUGAAACAGUUGUGAAGCCAGUAUUGAGGAACCUUCUAAAUUUGUACAACAAAAACUGGAAGCUUAUUGAAGAUGAGAAUUAUUCUGUUCUUUUGGAGUCUAUUAUAGACAGCGAAGAGUCUAAGGAAAAGCAGAAAUCCUCAUUGGAAGAUGAACCGGAAGAAAAUGAACCACCAUUGAAAAGAUCUAGGCUCUACUCCCAGGGAAAUCAUUCUUCACCUGCUAAACACAAUGCCGGCCCUAGUGCUGACGCAUGUACUUCAGAGUUGCAGCCUUCCGGCAAGCAGAAGAUGGCUGAAAUCACCACCAAGUCUUAUGAAACUCAGGAUGCUGAACUGAAGCCUCGUUCUCUCUUGAACGAUUAUCAGCGCAAAGGUAAGAAGCAGAUUUCUUCAGAGGCUUCUCCUGUUUCAGAGGAGGAUAAUGACAUUGUACUACUCUCUGAUGAUGACAUGCGAGGACCUUGUACUCUGUCAUCUCAUUUGGAAUUAAAGAAAAGGGGAGACACAUCUCGUUCAUAUCCUGCUGUGAUACCCAAAAGAAGAUUAGCUUAUAAUAGUAGCCUGGAAGAGCCAAACGUCAUGGGUUCUACUGAUGUAUCCAAUGAAGGUGCACUGGUUCAGUAUGGCUUCAGUGAUGCUAUCCCACUUUCUGAUAACCUGCCAGGUUUUGAUGUUCCUCUUGCUGUUUUCCCUUCAGGUUUGGAGUAUCUCUACUCUGAACAUCUGGGUACAGAAGGAACUGAAGAAGAUGCAACAAAUUCAUCACGACUAAAUAUUGCUUCCUCCCCAAACGGGGAGGUGAAAGUCUCUUUUGUCUAUAAGACAUAUUCUUCAUCAGAUUUUUGUCCACCAAGUUUAGAUGCAGUCUUUAAGCGGAUGGAGGAAAAGUAUAUGAAGUCCUACAGAUAUUCUCAACCUGGUUUUCUGCUAAGUCUGAUGGAAAAUCUGUGUAAAUGCUAUCUGAUAGCUGGCACCAAGGCCAGGGCAGCAAAUGAGCCAUCAGCUGGGAUAGAGUCUCAGAAACUUCACCCAGUAGGUGUCAGAUAUGAUGCUACUAAUCAUGAAUUGCACUUUGCUCCAGACACUAGGAAUGGCUCAUUCAAAUUGUCGAAUUUUAUCAAAAUCUUACCUCAAAUUCCAACAUUUCCAGCUUCAGGAAAUAAGGAUAUAAUGUGCUAUAUGGUGGAUUUUAAUGGUACAAGGAUUAAAGGUGCUGAGAAGGACAACACUAACAAGCUUCUUAAACUCCUUGCCUCUUCAACUAUGAACAAUUCAGUGCUUGUUCACAGUGAACACUCAUCUCCUGGUCUUCGUAAUUCUGUUUAUUAUAUUGAAGACAUCGCCAAUGGUCAAGAGGAGCAUAAAAUUUCGUUGAUUAAUGAAUUCAGCCAUGUCCUGCCUGUCUUUAAGUACAUACCUAAAAAUGUUAUUUUCCAAAAGGCAUAUGUGAAGUUUCUUCUUGCUCGUAUAUCAGAUGACAGCUGUUGUUCAAACUGCAGUGGGGAUUGUUUGUCUCAAGAUAUACCCUGUGCUUGUGCUGGUGAAACAGGGGGUGAAUUUGCCUACACAUCAGGUGGUUUGCUCAAGGAGAAGUUUCUUGAGAGUUGCAUCUCAAUGAGUUGUGAACCAAAGCAUGGUUUAGUAUAUUGUCAGGACUGUCCCCUUGAAAGGUCUAAGAAUAAUAGCGUGUCUGGCCUGUGCAAGGGUCAUUUGGUGAGGAAAUUUAUCAAAGAAUGCUGGCAUAAAUGUGGCUGCAGCAGGGGAUGUGGAAAUCGUGUUAUUCAGCGAGGCAUAGCAGUGCCAUUGCAGGUGUUUAUGACAGCUGAUGGGAAAGGUUGGGGUCUCAGGGCACUGGAGGAUUUGCCUAGAGGUGCUUUUGUUUGUGAAUAUGUAGGAGAAAUAGUGACCAACACAGAGUUGUAUGAGCGAAACACGCAAACUGCUGGUGAGAGACACACAUAUCCAGUUUUGCUAGAUGCAGACUGGGGUUCGGAAGGUGUCCUGAAGGAUGAGGAGGCACUUUGCUUGGAUGCUACAUACUAUGGCAAUAUUGCAAGGUUCAUUAAUCAUAGAUGUUAUGAAGGUAACUUGAUUGAGAUCCCAGUUGAAGUAGAGACUCCAGAUCAUCACUACUACCAUGUCGCUUUUUACACUAUGAGGAAAGUUAAUGCUUUAGAAGAGUUAACUUGGGAUUAUGGUAUUGACUUCACCGAUCAUAGUCAUCCAGUGAAAGCUUUCAAGUGCUGCUGUGGAAGUAAAUCUUGUCGUGACACCGGCCUUUGAAGAGAGCUAGGAAGUAUACACUGAUGAAGAUUACUCCUCACUGAUGAUGCUGAUCCCAUCGAUAGCUCACAUAGAUAUGAUAUAGGUAAAACAAGAAACAUAGUUUUGUUAUUUCUGGAAAAGAACAGCUGGUGUUAACACAGAUGAAGAUUCCUUCUUCCUGAUGAUGUUGAUCGCUUCGAUCAAGAAGCA